GGUGGGUGCCGUCACGGGGAGCCACCGGCCUUUCCCCGCCUUUGCUCCCUUCCCGCCCGUCCACCCCCGGACGGCUGCCCGCCCCCUGCGACGCCCCGGGCCGCUAUGAGCCAUGAAGCCGCCUGGCAGCAUCUCCCUGCGGCAGCCUCCCUGCGACCGCCUCCUCCCCGCUGCCGCCCGCCGUCCCGCGCUCCUGCCUCUCCUCGGCCGCCUCGUCUCGUUGCUCCUGCUCGUCCACGGCUCCUGUCCCCGGGCCCGCGCGGCUGCAGCGGCCGCCGACCUGCAUUGGAAUGAAACGGUAGCCGGUAUAGAGGGAAUACUGGCAGAUGAAGAGAAUACAUUUCCACAGAAUAAAAGCAGUAACAGUAAAAAUAACAGCUACAGCAAUGCAAUCCAGAAAGAAAUCACAUUGCCUUCAAGACUAAUCUAUUAUAUCAACAGAGACUCUGAAACCCCUUACCAUAUUCUGGAUACUAGGGCAAGGCACCAGCAGAAACAUGACAAGGCUGUACAUCUGGCUCAGGCAAGUUUCCAGAUUGAGGCCUUUGGCUCCAAAUUCAUCCUUGACCUCACAUUGAAUAAUGAUUUGUUGUCUUCCAAUUAUGUGGAGAUUUACUAUGAAGAUGGAAAACCAAAAUUUUCUAAGGGUGGAGAGCAUUGUUACUAUCAUGGAAAUAUCAGAGGUAUCAAAGAUUCCAAAGUUGCUCUUUCAACUUGUAAUGGACUUCAUGGCAUGUUUGAAGACAGUACUUAUUUGUACUUGAUAGAACCAAUGGAUCUGACCCAUAGCACAGAGAGUAAAAGCAGGCCACAUAUUGUCCAAAGAACUUACGGAACACAAGCCUCCAAGCAGUUACAGGACCUUGAGACUGAAUCUAGUUCUGAAUGGCCCUUUCUGUCUGAACUACAGUGGCUGAGGAGAAAGAGAAGAAAGAGAGCGGUAUCUCGUGGUGUCUUUGAGGAAAUGAAAUAUCUGGAGCUCAUGAUUGUCAAUGACAAUAAAAUGUUCAGAAAACACCGUUCUUCAAAUGCUUACACAAACAAUUUUGCAAAGUCUGUGGUAAACCUUGUAGAUGCUAUAUAUAAGGAACAGCUGAACACCAGGGUGGUUCUUGUUGCUGUGGAAACUUGGACAGAACGAGAUCGUAUUAAUAUUCAACCUGACCCUCUGCAGAUGCUUCAUGACUUCUCCAAGUAUCGCCAGCAACACAUCAAGCAGCAUGCUGAUGCUGUGCAUUUGCUCUCGAAUGUGACAUUUCAUUACAAAAGGAGCAGCUUAAGUUACUUUGGAGGGGUUUGCUCUGUAACCAGAGGAGUGGGAGUGAAUGAGUAUGGCCUCCCUUUGGCCAUGGCACAGGAACUAGCGCAAAGUCUUGCUCAGAACCUUGGAAUACAAUGGGAGCCAGCUGCCAGGAAACCGAAGUGUGACUGCACUGAAUCCUGGGGUGGUUGCAUCAUGGAGGAAACAGGGGUAUACCAUUCCAGGAAAUUCUCCAAAUGCAGCAUUGCAGAAUACAAAGAAUUUUUACUUCGUGGUGGAGGUGCCUGUCUUUUCAACAGGCCAACAAAGCUCUUUGAAAACACUGAGUGUGGAAAUGGAUAUGUAGAAGCAGGAGAAGAAUGUGACUGCGGUUUCCGAAUGGAAUGUUAUGCAGACUGUUGUAAGAAGUGCUCACUUUCUAAUGGAGCUCAUUGUAGCGAUGGACCCUGCUGUAAUACAUCAUGUCUUUUUUUCCCACGAGGCUAUGACUGUCGAUAUGCAGUGAAUGAAUGUGAUAUUGCAGAGUUCUGCCCUGGAGAUUCUGGCCAGUGUCCACCAAAUCUUCAUAAACAAGAUGGAUAUGCCUGUGAUUCAAAUCAGGGUCGUUGCUAUAACGGUGAAUGCAAGACAAGAGAUAAUCAGUGCAAAUAUAUCUGGGGAUCUAAGUCUUCAGGAUCUGACAAAUUUUGUUAUGAAAAGCUUAAUACAGAAGGCACAAAAAAGGGAAACUGUGGAAAGGAUGGGGACCGAUGGAUUCAGUGUAGCAAACAUGAUAUUUUCUGUGGCUUUUUGCUCUGUACCAAUCUCACUAAAGUUCCACGAGUUGGUCAAGUUCAAGGAGAAAUUAUUCCAAAUUCUUUUUAUCAUCAAGGACGAAUAGUGGACUGCAGUGGUGCUCAUGUUCUUUUAGAUGAUGAUACAGAUUUAGGUUACGUGGAGGAUGGAGCUCCAUGUGGACCUCACAUGAUGUGUCUGGAUAAAAAGUGCCUGCCAAUUCAGUCCUUGAACAUAAGCAGCUGUCCCAUUGGUUCUAAUGGAAAAGUCUGUUCUGGUCAUGGGGUUUGUAGUAAUGAAGCCACUUGCAUUUGUAAUUUCUCCUGGGCAGGGACAGACUGCAGUAUUGAUGAUCCUAUCAGGGAUACUGGUAGCAAGAAGGAUGAAGGACCCAAGGGUCCUAGUGCCACCAAUCUUAUAAUAGGCUCCAUCGCUGGUGCCAUCCUGGUAGCAGCUAUUGUCCUUGGGGGGACAGGAUGGGGCUUUAAGUUAUCAGAUGUUCAUAUGAACAUACGGUACUGUGGUGUCAAGUCCAUAUCAAACAAAUGUCAAAAAACGAAGGUUUGAUCCAAGUCAACAAGGCCCUAUCUGAAGAAAUGGGGUUCAGAAAGCUAUGACUUGCACUACUGGAUUUUGGGUAUGAUGUCAUUGCUGUAGCUGCAUGGGAAGGAGACCAGUCAGGUAGAACAUGAGAAACAGUAACUAUAAACACAAGAUUAAGAUCUGAGGUGGCAGAAGACUGUCCUUUUUGGAGGGAAGUUCAGAAUACUUCCUCUAUUCACCUUUCUCUAAACUGGCAAGUAUUACAAGCAAACGGUUUCAAAAUCAGGUGGGUUUUUUUCUUUUCUUGAACAAGGGAGGAGACACACAGAUGAAGUGCAAUAAGAAAACUGUUCCAAAAUAAUGGCAUGGUAGAAGAUUGUUUUUUUCUUUUCCCCGGCCUGAUGGCACUCUGUCUUCACUUGAGUUCGCAUGACUUCCUUUUUCUUAUCAAACUCCAGUGGCAUGAGGAGCUGAUUUUGAAAGGAUAACCUGCAUGGCUCACAACCAACCAAGCUAGCAAGCUGCACCCAAGCAGAAUCUGCAGCCCAACUGGGAAGACAAUACAGGGUUCCAAUAGCUUUUCCAGCCAUGCAGUGCAUUAUGUUGCUGGACUUCAGUGGCCCCUGCUCUGUCCCCUGGGCCAGGAGUCUGUUGGGUUUAGAAGCUGUCGAGUGAUGGAUGUAAUUCUUGGAAGA